AUGUCGUCUGGUGGAGCUGGAGCUUGCGUCAGGGGCACCCCCAGGUCCUUGAAAGCAGCCGCCAUCUCGAUAAUGCUUGGCAGCUCUCAGACGAGUGCACCAAUAGCCGACAAGCUGCUGCGUAAAGGCAACUACCCACAGGGCGUUGGUGCUGGCAAACCCUUCUACCUGCCAGCUGUGCUGGAGUACCUGACCACUGAGAUCCUGGAGCUGGCUGGAGACAAAAACAAGAGCCGCGCCUACACCCCCGAGGGACGAUUGUACUCUCUUUCAACCCUGGAAAUGCAGGCCAUGAAGGAUUAUGUGGAUUCUGCCUGGGGAGGAGGAUGGACGGAUAAGUCCUACAUAGGCAGAGCUGAAUUCAUCAGCUCAAGAGACAAACACCACAAGAGAUAA